CCCUGGUGGGGUGAAGCUGCCCUGAUGAUCUCAAGCUUUUCUGAGAGGGCGCACUUUCCACUGACGUCAUUUCCAUCGUCUUGAGAACACUCUUUGCCCUCAUUCAAAGCUGCGACCUUUUCCAUCAGACGUCCCCCUGUACUCUUUACAUUUUGAAGCUCAAACACAAUAACGUCGAUACACUAUCAAAAAACCCAAACAACAUACUCUUCAUCCUACCCUCCAAACAAGACCUCACUUCAAUCUAACCUCGCGUGACCAGACUUUCCCUCCUCAAACAGAAACAACUCUACCUUUCCAACUCACCAAUCUCCCACCCAAAACCCCGAACUCGAAAAUGCCUCGCGGAAAUGGACCGGUCACCAAGGUCUUCUACAAAGGCUCAACCGAUGACUUCAUCGUCUUCAUCGAGUCCCCCGAAGAGCUCGCCAAGUGGAAGGAGGACAAGUCGAUCCCGCUCGCCGAGGUGGUGAACUCGUUCAAGAUCAUGGUCACACACAAACACGGUGCUCAAGGUCAAUUGGACGGUGCGUCAAACGCGAGCUUGGAGAAUGAAUUCGGCACGUCCAACGAGGACGAGGUGAUCAAGAAGAUUCUCGAACAAGGCCAGCCGCAGAUUAUCCAGAAUCCUGAACGUGGCGGGGAUCGUAACGAGACCAUGGGUCCCAGACAAGGACAUCCUACCGCAUAGGACAGCUUGUGCUCCAAAAGCAAAGGCCGCCCUAGGUGCUGAACAAUGUCUCAAAUGGCUUACUCCUCCAUUUGCGCAGGGUUGCUAGGCGGAAACAUCAAAGCACUCAUGCCCCGGAAGGGAGGCGCAAUAUUGAUGAUACCACUCGUGAAAUGCCGAAAUGCCGAAAGACCUUGAACUCAGGCAUGACAUUGAGGCUAGAUGCAUUAUUUGGUGGCGAGAAGGAAAGGAAAGGGCAAAGGCGUUUAAAGCAGUUUUCAUACACUGUUGCUACAUGGCCAUGAUACUGGAGGGGCAUAUUCCAAUAUCCAUUACGUACUCAAUCAUGAAGCCACUUUGACCCUGUCGUAUAGUUCAGUUGUAUCGUGAUUGAAGGUUUCUAUCCCUCUUGAUCAGUAACAGUAGUGUGGUUCUUGAGACUUACUCGACCUAAUUUGCGCCUCGUUCUGAUCUGUACAGUCUAGAGAUGUGUUCGCUGGGGUUUGAAAAUGAGUUGGGACAGGGACAAAUUUUACGAGAUAGGGAAAAGAACUAGAACGAGAUCUCGUGUGGGCUUUUUUCCGUGCCCUUUUAUUCUUCUCUCACCGCUACAUACUUGAUGUGUAUCAGGGGGAGGGGGCUCGAUCCCUUUUCUUCAGAAAGAAAAACCGCUUCUCUUCUUUCUCUUUCG